AUGACGGCCAAUCCGGCCUCCCAAUCGCGCAAGCGACCCGUUCGGAUCGCGAACUGUUCUGGGGCAGUAAGCGACCCUGGCGUCUACAUGUACAACCAGGCCAAGUACGGCUCUGUCGAUGUCAUUACUGGCGAUUACUUGGCGGAAGCAAACAUGGCUGCCGAAGCCGAAAAGCUCGCGGGCGAGCCGGAUUCCAUCGAGACCGGAUGGGUCCGUACGGCUCUCGAGGGCCUGCGGUUGACGCUGGAUCUUGCCAACGAGAAGCGCAUCAAGAUCAUCGUCAACGGGGGCGGGCUCAACCCGAGAGGCUUGGCCAUAAAGACACACAACAUGAUCAAAGACAAACAACUGGACCUGCGUGUUGCCUACGUAGACGGCGACAAUCUCAUGCAAAAAGUUCACAGCAUUCUGCCCGACGCCGCAACAGCUUCGAAAAUCCACCUGGACUCGGCCAACAAGCAUGUCCAACUUGCCGAGGAUGCCCUGUCCUUUCUCCAGGACCCGGAGCACAUGCCCAUCGUGGCGGCCAACGCCUAUCUCGGAUAUCGCGCCAUAAAACGCGCGCUGGAUGAGGCUGCCGACAUCAUCAUAUGCGGCCGGGUGGCCGAUGCAUCUCCUGUCCUCGCAGCCGCAGCCUGGUGGCAUGGCUGGGAGGAAACAGACUAUGACGAACUCGCGGGAGCGCUGGUCGCCGGCCAUCUCAUCGAGUGUUCCACGUAUGCCACGGGCGGAAACUUCUCCGGGGCGUACAAAUACCCCGUGGGCGCCUUGAUCAACCUCGGCCCUCCGAUCGCCGAAGUCGCCCACCAGGGCGAAUGCGUCAUCACCAAACACGAGGAGCUGGGCGGCUUCGUCACGCCAGACACGGUCCGAUGCCAGCUCCUGUACGAGCUCCAGGGCAACAUCUACCUCAACAGCGACGUCAAGGCAGACCUAGCCGGCGUCAAGGUCCAGCCCCAAGCCGCAAAGAACCGCGUCCACGUCUCCGGCGCCAGGGGCCAUCCGCCUCCGCCCACCACCAAGCUGGCCGUCUUCUACAAGGGCGGCUACCAGCUGGAGAUUCUGAUGAACGCCUGCGGAUACGCAACCGACCACAAGUGGGACGUGCAAGAGGCGCAGGUCAAGAGCAAGCUGGACGAAUGGGGCCUGUUGGACAGCCUCGACGUCCUGGACUUUCAGAGAGUCGGCACGCCGCAGGAGAACCCCGUCUCGCAGCUCGCGUCCACGACCUACAUGAGGAUCUUUGCGCAGGCCAAGGACAGGAGCGUCUGCCGAGCCGUCGCCGGCGCCUGGAACUUUGUCUUUAUGAGCCACUUCCCCGGCGCGCACUGCUCCUGGGAUCUCCGCACCCUCGAGCCCAAGCCCUUCCUGGGCUACCUGCCGACGCUGGUGGACCAGGCGGAAAUCUCCGAGGCCGCCACCGUCCUCACCGACGCCGACGACGCCAGCAAGCUGCGCCGGAUGCCUGUCGGGCCGCCGCGACUCACGGAACCGCUCCUCCCGCGGCUCAACUACGAGACGGCGGAUCCCGUCCCCCUCGCGUCCUUUGGGCCCAAGACGAUGCGGCCCCUGGGGGACGUGGUGCUCGGCCGCUCGGGCGACAAGGGCGGCAACGUCAACCUCGGCCUGUUUGUGCAGACGAGGGACCAGUUCGACUGGCUGCGGUCCUUUAUGACGAGGGACAAGCUGAGGGAGCUGAUGCGCGGGGACUGGCGGGACUGGUACUUUGUCGAGCGCGUCGAGCUGCCCGGCAUUUUGGCCGUGCACUUUGUCGUGUACGGCGCGCUGGGCAGGGGCGUCAGCAGCUCCGGGCUGUUGGAUAACCUGGGCAAGGGGUUUGGCGAGUUCAUCCGGGCCGGGUGGGUGCCUGUGCCGACGAGGUUUCUGCACGAGAGCGCGGCGCACUUGUGA